CACAACUUCCGAAUAACUCAAACAAAGUCGAUCAGUUAAAAGUUUUGUAAGAUGAGAUAAUUUUCAAUUUAAAGAGUUUUAUGUUUAGUUUCGUUUUGAGGUUCGUCCACGAAGGUCGCGUCCUUCAAUCGAUAAACUAUUAAUUGCCGCGUGUGAUUGCCCGUGGCCGAUAGACAACGGAACCACACGCGUGUUUUGGAUGUAUAUUUUAUUUGUAAAGUGCCAAUUAAAAACAUUAGUUAAGUAUAUUUUUUUAUUACGGACCCUGUGUCGUAAAGUUUGUUGGUGGAAAGACUUUGAAUUAAAUUCGCAUCUUCAUGGAAUAUGGGCAUCUGUUUAGACACUGAACAAAAAAAUGAAGAGUUGGAGACGACGGGUGGGGAUCGUAGCCGAGGAGAGAGCGCGUGGGCUGGGCGCGCCACGCCGCCGGCAGGAGGCUUCCCCAUGCAGAACUCUAGCCAUGUCAAGUUCGAGCCGCCUAAUGUGCCUGUUAUAUUCGUAUUGGGUGGUCCAGGCAGCGGGAAGGUGACCCAUUGUGACAAUCUGAUGCAGGAGCGCCGCGGCGUGGUUCACAUCAACAUGACGGACCUGCUGCAACAGUACGCCAUCGGCAACGACAUGCAAGAUUUCGGCACGCUAUCGAGUACGACAGUGACCGAAGUGCUGAUGCUGGAGAUGAAGAUGGCUCCCACGGCGAAGACAUACCUCGUGUCUGGAUACCCGCGCUCUAUGAGAGAUGUCGCUGAGUAUUCCGAUAAGAUCCAGACUAUAAACGGCGUAGUCCUAGUAAGCUGGCGACAGCGUGUACUGGAGCGACAGAUCGAGUAUGGCGCGCGACUCGGCCACGUGGUCCUGAGUCUGGCGCGGAUGGAACUCAACAACUUCUACAAGAACGUCAUGCCAGUGGCAGACUAUUUCGACCAGACUAACAUGCUGAUAGCGGUGAACGGCGAACGUAAUCCAGAUGAAGUAUACAAAGACUUCAGAGCUGCCGUACUCCAGAUCCUAGGAGCUACGGAAGACCAGUCCACGAUGAACGGAGUCAGUGGCGUUGGGGUUGGCGCUGGUGGUAUACCAGGGGAGAUAGUAGGAGUGGAACCGGCUCCAGUAGUAGAUAUAGAACGGGAGAGAAGAGAAGAGAAUGUGGCUCCUGUUGUGCCUUUACCUGUGGCUAUGCCGUUGCCUGUGCCUAAAGCGUUGCCUGUAACUGUGCCUGUUAAAGAAGUGGCUAAUGAUAGGGUUGUUACGCCGAAGCCUGAAGUGAUCCGAGUCCGUGGAGAGUCGACGACUCCUGCGUUACUCUGGGUGGUGGGUGGGCCGGGUAGCAAUAAGGCCACGCUCUGUCAACGAGCUGUGACGCAGCGACAAGGGUGGACACAUUAUAGCUUAGGCCAGCGUCUCCGCAGUCUAGCAGAUGCAGGAGGCCGUCCAGCAUCAGACGGUGCUCUGGCUCGCUCAGCCAUCAGUGGAGGAGAACUGGCUCCUAAGGAACUGGUCACUAAGCUGGUGAGGGCAGCUAUGCAGGAUGCUGGGAGGAUGGGACAUGGACUGGUGUUAGACGGAUAUCCCAGGGACUUGGAUCAGAUGGAGCAGUUCCAGACCGAGUUCCGUAUAUCCCCUCGCAUGGUCCUCUUGGACUGCUCCAAGCUGCAGCUGGGCCGUGGACGACGAGAUGACUCCGUGGCCGCCUUCCGACGGAGACUGGAGGUCUUCCGCGAACUCAGUCUGCCCAUGCUGAAGACGUUAGACCAGGACCAUCGACUGGUCAUUGUGGACGGCGACACGGACUCUCCAGACGUACAGUCGGAGUUCACUCGCGUACUGCUGGAAGAGAUGGAGAAGGCUGAAGCACUGGCCGCCAUGCCACAGCCUCAAGAACAACCAAGUCGCAAAGAUCCACCAAGCAUGCAGCAGUUUGCGACGGCAGUGUCUCGCAUGGGGGGGGGACUCGCCAACGGACACGCCAACGGGUCCGUACCCAACGGGAACGCGCAUAAUGGGGGGGUCGGGAACGGGUUCAUUGCCAUGUCCGGGAAUAAGGUAAAACCUCUCCUGAACAACGUGUCCAAGAUACCCACAGUCUCCCAGAUGACACACGACGACGUGCGCGCCCUCUAUGAACACGGGACUGGAGAGAUCACACUAAAUACCCACAUGUAGAGACAUGGUGGUUGAAAAGACCGUGCCAGAAAGAGAAAGAAGUAUUAAUGAAGCCUUUACCAAGCGUGUGGUGGUUUCAGGAUUUAGAAAAAGGACGUAUUAGUGAAAUAAUGAAUCGGAAAAUACGUUUUUAACUUGAUCGAUAAAAGUCGGUCAACAAUUUAGGAAUAUUUUUAAUUUUGAAGUUGUAAAUGUGUUCCCUCACCGGGAGCAUUCACGUGUAAUAUAACAUUAUAGA